GCUUUUGCCCUUCGAGUUUCUACGAGAGAGUAAGGUGAAAGAGAGACGAAAAAAAAGGAAAAAAAAAAAAGAAGAGAGAGCGAAAGAGAGGCGGGAAAACAUUUAGUCCAAUUGGCCUACCGUUUGGAUUCCGAACGCCUCCUUCUUACACUCUUCGAUUAUCUCAUACAUACAUAUGUUCAUAUCUCCAUUUCCGCAUCCAAACGGUUUCCGUCUUCUUUCUAGGUUUUGUCGAGGUCAAAGGGCGACGAACACAACCAAAACGAGGAAAAGGUUGCAGUUCCCUUCUCUUUCAGGCAACAUAACAUAUGUUCAGAAAUAAAGGUGUCCAAUUCAUUGCAGCAGAUGGAUGUUACUUCACCAGCACAGGAAAGUUUUCAGGCAGAAAAUGGUUUAAGCCCCAAUCAAAAUUCAACACAACAAAAGCACUGGAAUGAUUCUGAACAUGUACGUGGUGGAUUUAUAGAAAAGUUACUGGCAGAAUCAGGGUCUCUGAAUAUCGGGCAACUGCAACAGUCACAUCAAGAUGCUAAAAAUUCUGAGUGUAAUCUUGGAAGCAAGGAAAUGCAGCAGGCUACAACGGACAAGUCCAGCAGAUCAACAUGUAAGGAAAAUGCUUCCUCAAAAUUGGGUAGCAGAAAGUAUACCUCAAGUACUGUUUCUUUACAUCCCUGUACCGGGAGUAGUAACAAAAGGGAAAGGGGGAAAGAAGCAAAAAGAGGAGCAUCAGAAAAUGAAUUCUCUAAAAUUAGAAAACGCUGUGGAUACUUAUCGACCAGGAUGAGCUUUGAGAAGAGUCUGAUUGAUGCUUAUUCCAGUGAAGGCUGGAAAGGACAGAGCCAAGAUAAAGUAAAGCCGGAGAAGGAGCUUCAACGUGCCACAUCUGAAAUUUUACGUUGCAAAUUGCAAAUGCGCGAUUUAUUUCAACAUCUUGAUAGUUUAUGUGCUGAAGGAAAGCUUGAAUCUUUAUUUGAUUCUGAGGGGCAAAUUUACAGUGAGGAUAUUUUUUGUGCCAAAUGUGGGUCCAAGGACUCUUCUGCUAAUAACGAUAUUAUACUCUGUGAUGGUAUCUGCAACCGUGGCUUUCAUCAGAUGUGUUUGGUGCCCCCUUUGUUAAAUGAAGACAUUCCUCCUGGUGAUGAGAGUUGGCUGUGCCCUGGAUGUGUUUGUAAAGUGGCCUGCAUUGACUUACUUAAUAACAAGCAAGGAACAAAGCUUUCCAUUAACGACAAGUGGGAGAAAGUUUUUCCUGAAGCAGCUACCACUGCCGCUGGAGAUAAGCUUUUUGAUGAACUACCAUCAGAUGAUUCUGCGGAUGAUGAUUAUGAUCCGGAUGGUCCAGCACUUGAUGACAAGGAUCAAGAGGAAGGCUCAAGUUCUGACGAAUCUGAUUUUACUUCUGCAUCUGAUGACUCAGCGGCUUCAACCAGCAAGGAGCAGCACAAACAUACUGGAUUAUCUUCGGAUGAUUCAGAGGAUAACAAUUAUGACCCUAAUGUUCCAGACACUGAUGAAAAGGUUCAGAAGGAAGGUUCAAGUUCUGAUGCAUCUGAUUUUACAUCUGACUCUGAGGACUUAACUGUUCUAAGAGCUGAUGAUGGGUCUUCAGGCCUAGAUGGAUCUGUUAUGGGUUCUGGUCAAGGAAGAUCUAAAGUAGCUAUAAAAGAGAAUCAGUCUGUAAAUUCUGAACUCCUGUCUCCGUCCGAACCAGAUCUUAGGGGAGAAAAUGAUGUACGCGUUUCAGGGAAAAGGCACCGUCAACGUCUUGACUACAAGAAGCUGCAUGAUGCAGGUAUCCCUUCCCACGAUAUAUAUGGGUCUUCCCUUGGGAGGGAACCUCUGUGCUUCAUCUAUGUGGGUUCCACUUCUGGAAAGGAUGGAAAAAAGGAGGAGUAUGGCAAUGCACCCUCUGAUUCAAGUGAUGAUGAAGAUUGGAAUGAGAUGAACACACCAAAGAAAGGGAAGAGUGACGAUACCUCCGUAGAAGGCACAGUUAUGUCAUUAAAGAAUAAUGGUCAAACUGCGCAGAAUGGGAUGGAUUACAAGAUACCCCAGAGCAUUAAUGAUAUGUCACAGAGGCCAAAUUUGGACCAAUUGGGAGAAGCAAGAGGUACUUCAAAUAGAAGAAGCCGCCAGAAGAUGAAAUAUAAUGCUGCAAAUCUUUCAGUAGCUAACCCACACGAAGAUAGUGGAAAGCCUGACUAUACUGGAAGAAAGGCUUCCACAUCGGGCCAUAGAAGAAUUGGGCAAGCUGCAACUCAGAGACUUAAUGAGUUCUUGAGCUUGAACCAUUACCCCACCCGAGAGAUGAAAGAAGAUCUGUCAAAAGAGCUAGGAAUGACGGUCCAGCAGGUUAGCAGAUGGUUUGAGAAUGCUCGUAGAAGCUUGCGCCUUUCCACAAACGGGGAAGGAGGAGCAAAUGGAACUCCAAAUAAUGUUAUCAUCCUUACAAAUGGAACUGAUCUACAGUACCAAGUUAUGGUCACUAGGAAUGGAGGUGAGGAGAUGCAAUCAAAUAAGGCAGAUUACCAGCAAGGCAUGUGUUGAAAAAGAGAGAACUGAGAAGGUCAGCUACUGCUACCUGAUAAAAUCUUCAAUAUCAAUGCAGUGACAGAAAAAGGGUACAGGGUCGGAUUCACCAAGAGUCCAAAUGGUCCGGUAAAUGGUUAAAACCCUAAAUCCAGAACAUAUGCACUCACCAAUCAACUGGAAGAAGAGCCAUUGCUAGUGUUGGAGUCAGCGGCUUACCAUUGAAGAACUUAUGGAAAAACCAGUUUUAGUUCCCACCAUUUAUCUGGAAUGUUGGGAACUGUUAAUCUCGGAUGUUGUAACUGCAGAAUGCCUACCACGGCCCUGUAUGUAUCUUUGCUCGCAAGAGCUAUCUUUUCCAAACAGGAGAUAUCAAACGGUUCAAAGCGUAUGUAUGGGCUCAAUGCUGUUGAAUUGGCAGCCAGAAAGUGUACACUAACGUGUUGAUAUGACUGUUGUAUCAUUUGAAGAGGACCUUGUUGCUAGCACGUUACGGUGGUCAAAUGCUGGUUUUCA